ACGCAAUAUGAGUCCAACAUUUUGGUAGUGGUUGCUCUUUCAAACCAAAACGUAGUGCAAACUUCUGGAGAUUGCGUGAUCCCUUCAUUUUUCUUUCUUUCAAUAAUUUUGAGCUGCGACCUGUAAUUUCUUCCAUUUAUUGGUUUAUGCUGAAAAAGGCAUUAAACCAUAAAUGGCUGCAAUUCUAGCUUCCUUUAGCUGUGGUUGCCGCGUAGGGGACCGAACAAAUCAAGGAAGAUUAGGAGAUGAUAUUAGUUUCUCAGGAAACAUAUCAAACCAUGACCUCUCAAGAUUUGACAAAGAUGUGUACGCCCUUGCCAAAACCCGAAAGCUCGGUAGGUUGCAGGUCUCUAUGCAGCAGACAGAGUUAUCCACAAAAGUUGGUACAAACGGGCGAGCAACUAAAAUGGUGCCAACGACUGAGGUCAUGAAGGCAAAAUCAGUGUCUGUUAGUCCAUCACAGGGUGUGAAUGGCUCUACGAGGAAUGUUAAUGGUGGGAAGCUCGUGAAGAGUCCCCCAAAAACAUCAAGAACCAGCGUGCUUCCGCCUAUUGAAGGGCUGAAAGUGUUACCUUCAGAUGAAGGCUUCAGUUGGGCAAAUGAGAACUAUAACUCUGUCCAGAGGAGUAUAGAUGUGUGGUCCUUUGUUCUUUCCCUUCGUGCGCGUGUUUACUUGGACAAUGCCAAGUGGACUUACAUUGGAGGCUUCUCCGAGGAUAAGCAGGUGGAGAGGAGACGAAAAACUGCCUCGUGGUUAAGGGAAUGUGUGCUGCAACUUGGCCCGACUUUCAUCAAGCUUGGCCAAUUAUCCUCAACGAGAUCUGAUCUGUUUCCAAAAGAAUUUGUUGAUGAGCUUGCUAAGCUGCAGGAUAGAGUACCGGCAUUUUCACCAAGCAAAGCAAAGAGCUUCAUAGAAAAGGAAUUGGGUGCUCCUCUUUAUAUGUUAUACAAGGAGUUUGAAGACCUCCCAAUAGCUGCUGCUAGCCUUGGUCAGGUGCACAGAGCUAUCUUGCAUAACGGAGAGACGGUGGUGGUAAAAGUCCAAAGACCGGGACUAAAGAAGCUCUUCGAUAUUGAUCUUAAAAAUCUAAAGCUAAUUGCUGAGUACUUCCAAAAGAGUGAAACUCUUGGUGGCCCGACAAGGGAUUGGGUCGGAAUAUACGAAGAAUGUGCAAAGAUCUUGUAUGAGGAAAUCGAUUAUGUUAAUGAAGGAAAGAAUGCUGAUAGAUUUCGUCGUGACUUUAGAAAUAUAAAGUGGGUCCGAGUUCCUAUGGUGUACUGGGAUUAUACAGCAAUGAAAGUGCUAACAUUGGAGUAUGUUCCUGGAAUUAAGAUAAAUCAGGUGGAUCUGAUAGACGGGCGUGGUUACAGUCGAUCUAGAAUUUCUUCGCGUGCUAUUGAAGCCUACUUGAUUCAAAUACUAAAGACUGGUUUCUUUCAUGCUGAUCCGCACCCGGGAAAUCUUGCCAUUGAUGUCGAUGAAGCCCUCAUAUACUAUGACUUUGGCAUGAUGGGAGAGAUCAAGAGCUUCACAAGGGAGCGGCUGUUGGAUCUUUUCUAUUCCGUUUAUGAGAAGGAUGCAAAAAAGGUGAUGCAAGGUCUCAUAGAUCUUGGUGCACUUCAGCCCACGGGAGACAUGACAUCGGUCAGGAAAACAGUACAGUUCUUCUUGGAUAAUUUGUUGAAUCAAAGACCAGAUCAGCAGCAAACUCUUUCUGCAAUUGGUGAGGAUCUAUUUGCAAUAGCAACGGACCAGCCCUUCCGGUUUCCCUCCACCUUCACGUUCGUGCUGAGAGCGUUUUCAACACUCGAAGGCAUUGGAUACACUCUGAAUCCGGAAUUUUCCUUCCCAAAGAUUGCUGCACCAUACGCUCAGGAGCUCCUAGACUUGAGACAGCAACGCCCAACUGGACCACGGCUCGUUCAAGAAAUAAGGAAACAAGCUGAUGAUGCAAGAUCAACGACGAUCUCCAUGCCUUACCGGAUCCAACGCAUAGAAGACAUCGUGAAACAGCUUGAAUCCGGAGAUUUGAAGCUCAGAGUCCGAGUACUGGAGUCGGAGAGAGCAGCUCGGAAAGCAACCAUACUGCAAAUGGCAACUAUGUACACUGUCUGUGGAGGCACCUUCUUGAACCUUGGCGUCACUUUCGUCAAUCAAGGCAGUGAAGCUAUAGCAAAUGGAUCUUUCGUCGUUGCAGGUGUUUUCCUCACUCUGCUCAUCACAUCUAUGCAAAGGGUGAAAAAGCUUGACAAAUUUGAGAAAAUGAUAUGAUGUUUUGAUCCAUCCUUAGAAUACAAAAUUUAUUGUAAAGUCGCUUUCGAGAAAUUAUACUUACAUAUACUUUUCAUACAUAUUGUUAGAUUCAUACAAAUAGAUGAAUAGUUGUGCUGGAUGAUGAUUUAUAACAUUCUUUUGGUUGGUCAA